GCUGCUGCUCUUUCUGCUGCUGCUGUUGUUUCUGCUGCUGCUGCUCUUUCUGCUACGGCCGAUUGCCUGCAAGAAGAGGCGGUCCUGCUGCUGCAAGACGGCUGCCAUUCUGCUUGGGUCGAAGAGCAGACGGGCAGUGCUGUUACUACUGCUGCUGCAGUCGGUAAAAUCCCCGCUGGAGAGGACUUCAAGAGAGGGCCCCUCCCCCCCUUCCCCCCCAUGCGAGUUGAACGCAAUAACCUCCUCUCCAUCGUGCUGCGCGUUAAGGCUGUCGCUGGCACGCCCGUUGCCAUGGCUGCUGCUUCUGCUGCUGCUGCUUCUGCUUCUGCUGCUGCCUCUGCUGCUUCUGCUUCUGCUGCUGCUGCUUCUGCUGCUUCUGCUUCUGCUGCUGCUUCUGCUGCUGCUGCUUCUGCUGCUGCUGCUGCUGCCCUUGUGCUUGAGAGCUGCGACUACAUGCGCCUGGAGUGUCUCUACACGGACACAAAAGUCGGAGAAUCUCAGGGCCCCAGGGGCCCCGAAAAGGUCUGUAGAGUUUUUGCGAGGCGUUUUUGA